AGAAUAGUUUUCGUGUUUUAAAGUGAAGAGAAAGGUUAAACAGGAUGGUCUUCUCACCUUUUGUGAAACAGAUGUUUGUGGCCACAACAACACAACUCGUUGCAGUGUCCAUGGGCGCAUCAUUAGGCUACCCUGUCGUCUUGAUACAGCAAUUCCAAUCUUAUGAGACCAACAUAAAGACUGAUUUAGAUACUAUCACCUGGAUUGCAUCAAUGCAUGGAGUAGCCGGUAUCGGAGCCACGCUAAUGCCAACCUUAAUGCAAUGGAAAGGAAGAAAAUAUACAUUCAUUGGAAGCACUCUACUUCUUCUACUAGGCUGGUUACUAGCAUUCGUAGCACAAGACACUUUAACCGUUCUUCUCUCAGCAAUAUUCCACGGACUAUCAAGCAACUGCAUUACAAUUGUGAACCUUGUGACCGUCAGUGAAAUGCUGGCUCCUAGAUACAGGUCAGCUUCAAUGGUUCUAUUAAACAUCAAUCAAACUAUCGGUCAGGUCAUUGUUGCUGCAUUAGGGUCUAUUUUCAAUUGGCAGAUUGUCGCUUUGAUUAUGUGUGGGCCAGCUGUAGUUGCGUUGUUAAUGUCUUUUCUAUGGCCCGAGUCACCUUCUUGGUUGGCGUUUAAAGGGAGAUUUGAAGAGAGUGAGAAAGCUUUUGUUUGGUUGAGAGGCAGCAAUGAUGACGCAAAUAAAGAAUUGAAAGCAAUGUUAGCAGCUCAGAAGGAAUCGAGAGUAAAAGUUUCAAAGAAGACUAAAUUACAAGAAGCAUGGACAGCAAUGAAGAGAAGAGAUUUCUAUAUACCAAGCCUUUACAUGUUUUUGAUUUUACUCAAUUUCUAUAUCAGUGGCGCCUUGCCUUUAUUUAUUUAUAGCAAAGAUAUCUUAGAAAUGGCAACGGGAGCUUCAGAAAUAGCUGUUUUCGGUUACUUAGUAAUGGUGUCAACGUUGUUCAUUGGAUCAUUGAUCUCUUUAAUACUGAUAAGAUAUUUUAAGACCAAAACUGUGUUAUCUUGCUGCGUAGGUUGUAUUUUGAGCUUAUUCUCCUGUUCUUUAGUGUCAUAUUUGCAAAGCAAUGGGAUUGUAAGGCGUGAUUCGUAUUUGUUUCUUUAUCCAUAUUUAGGUUAUAUGGUGUUUAAUAAUUCUGGUUUUAAUCCUAUUACUUUUGCUUUGCCUAUAGAUUUGAUGCCUGUUAAGCAUAGGGGUAUGGGCGGCGCAUUAUUUAAUGUGUUAACCUGUUUAUUGUACGUAGUUACAGUGAAACCAUUUCUCUAUAUAGUUGCAAGUUUUAGUUUAUCAGGAACCUUAUUUUUCUUUGCUACGUCUUGUCUGUUAUGCACUGUCUUAAUUUGGAUUUAUGUACCAGAAACUAAGGGUAGGACUUUGCAAGAGAUAGAAGAUUAUUAUAAUUAUGGGUCGUUUGAUAGAUUUAGGUUUACUGAUGAUGUUGAAGUUAAGAUGCCUAUUGUUAAAGGUGAUGUGGUGGAGUAGAUGAAUGACUGUUAAA